AUGUUUAGUAUCAAUCUCAAGAUAUCCAAGACGAAAUCAAUUACACAAAUUGAAGAUCAAACAAAUCAACUAUUGGAUCUUAUUGAAGAUUUAUCUUCAGAAUCAACUAGAGACAAUAAAAAAGUUUCAGAUGUACAAGAUUGGGAUGGUUCAUGGUUAGGUUUCCUAAAAUUUGCAUAUAUUAUUCCAGGUAUUGGUAUAUCAUAUGGUAUAAUUUCACAAUUUGCAUUAAUAUUGGAUAAUUUAAAUAAAUUAUCUUCAUUAUCUAAAACAUCUUCACCAAAAUGGAAUUAUUGGAUUUUUAUUACAUAUAUUUGGACAACUUUUGCUUCUACAAUAUUGGUUGGUGAUUAUUUAGAUCUGUGCAGUGUUUGGCAACCAAUCAAGUUAAGUUGUGGAUUAUUUUUGUUAAGUGCUUAUUCUACUUGUUUUACUCAUAAUUAUUCUGUUUUUUUAAUAUUUAUUGGUAUAAUAUUAGGUUUUGCAACAGGUUUAAUGUUAAUGUGCUGUUUAGUUGCAUUAAGUCGUCAUGUUCAAUAUCAGAAAACCAAUAGAUCUACUUGCUUCAUUGCCUUAAGUAUAACAAUUUUUUCAUCAUUCAUAGGUAUGCAAUUAAGUGUUAAUUUAAAAAGUUCGAAAUCUUCAUUACAACAAACACUUUAUUCAAUUUGUUGGUUUGUGUUUUGUACAAUGAUUUUCAUCUUGAUAUUAUGUUAUAAAGCUAUAUUUUCUAGGAAUUAUCCUUGUGAUGAAGGAAAUUCACAAGUUAAUGUGAAUGGUCAUGUUUCAAAAACAAAAUCUUCAGUCCCAAGAAGAAAAUAUAUUAGAAAUUAUCCAUUCUAUUUACACUCAGUAUCAAUUGGUAUUGGAUUUGCUUUAAGUUUAAUUGUUAAGGAAAAUUUAUUUGAUUUCUUAAGGUUAAACAAUAUUUAUAAAUCUUAUUCUACGAUAUCAGAAAUCUUAAUUUAUUUGUGGGGGAAUUUAGUUGUUCUAUCAUUCACUAGUUCAGAUCUUGAGAGAAAACAUGAUGUUUUCAUGAUGAGAACAGUUCUCCAUUCAUUAAGUUUUCUUUUUUGGUUACCAUUAAUAUUUACAAGAUCACCAGGAAUUAUAUUUUUUUGCUCUCUAUGGGGGUCAGUUCCAUUAUUCAAUAUAUUUUAUACUUCAUUCAUUUUAACAUAUACAAGAUGUCCAAUUAUAAAAAGUUUUGGGAAAUAUUUAUCAGAAACUUUAUUUUUCGCUUCAUUUCCUAUGGCUAUAGUUUUGAUUAUUGAUAAUCAUUUCAUAAAAAAAUCAGGUUUAAAUGGAUCAAGAUUCAUUUGGACAGUAUUAGUUUUGAAUAUUUUAAUAAUUAUUUGUAAUUUAAUAGUUAUGAAUUCAGAUUAUAAAAUUGCAAAUUAUAAACUUGAAACGAUUUACAAUUUUUUACAAAAAUUACUUGGUAAAAAGGGAUUAUCUUUAAAAGUUAACGAUGUUGGAAAAUUACAAAUUAUACUCAAAGAGGAAAAAACAUCAUUGAAUAAAGAUAAAAAAAUAACAAAUAUUGACAUUAAAAACAAAAAUACUUAA